CUGUAAUAUCUUAUUGCUCACUGUUGCUGUUUCGACCUUCCUCUCAAACACUCAACCACCAUUAUAAGACUGCAUCACCAUCCAGUGAGAUCCCCAUCUUCCUCCUCUCGCUUCCGAUCUUGGUUUCACGUAGGAGAAAUGGGUGGCAGCUCUCCCUGUGCUUCCUGCAAACUGCUCCGGCGACGGUGCGCUAAAGAUUGCAUCUUUGCUCCUUACUUCCCUCCCGACGAUCCCUACAAGUUCGCCAUCGUUCACAAGGUCUUCGGUGCCAGCAACGUUAGCAAGAUGUUGAAGGAACUUUCCGUGCAUCAGCGAGCAGAUGCAGUGAGAAGCCUUGUCUACGAGGCGAGUGCGAGGAUGAAAGAUCCAAUCUACGGCUGCGUGGGAGUCAUCUCCUACCUUGAAGACCAAGUAUCUCAGCUACAGAUGCAGCUCGCUGUGGCUCAAGCGGAGAUCUUAUGGAUUCAAAUGCAGCAGGCGGAGUCGUCAAUGGCUAACCAGCAGAUCAUCCACGCCGAAGACAAAUCCUUUGUUCAGCACAACAGCCACACCAUAGUGCCUCAGCUCAUGAGUUUUGGCUCCUCCAGCAAUGUAGUCCGGGAGCCUCUCAAGAGGGACAGAGAGAGAUGAUUAGAGGACCCAGGUAACUUCUACUUGGUCAACAACACCAGAAUUAAGUAGAAACAAGAUUGGUGCUCCAUGUACAGACAAAAGCUGGAGAGAGGCAUCUUUCAUUGAAAGAUACUUCCCAAUGAGAUGAUAAAAGCUCCAUCGAAGAAUGGAAAACAUGGCACCUCUUUCGUCCUUCUCAUGGCAGCAAUUUAAUGGCCCUACCAGCUGAUACAAUUUGGAGUAUCAUACAAAAGCACACCACCAAAGUCCUCCUACAGCUGUAUUGCUUUGCAGUGCUUCCUCUGUCAUGAGCUAGCUAACAAUUUAGAUGCAUUUUAAUUUUGAUUUCUUCUCAUCUGUUGAUCAAUACAUUUUCUAUAAAAUGUCAAUCUCUAUU